AUGACUUCAGACACCAACAAGAAGACAACUCAGCAGGAUGGUGGAGAUGUCAUUCGAACACAGACCGACUUCGAAGACGGCAGCAUGGAGAAGCUCAAGCAUGGAGACGUUGAUCCUGCUCUCGCCUUCGUCAAUGGAGAAGAGGUCACAUUCACUCCCGAGGAGGAAAGAAAGGUUCUAUGGAAGAUUGACAGAGCCAUUCUGCCACUUCUGAUGUGGAUUUAUGCUCUUCAGUUCGCCGACAAGACGUCUCUAAACUACGCUUCCCUAAUGGGCAUUCGCGAGGAUACCAAACUAGACCCGAAAAGUCAACAAUACAGCUGGGCCUCUAGUAUCUUCUAUGCCGGUUACCUCCUAUGGGAGUUCCCCACGACUUAUCUCCUCAGACGUCUACCUCUCGGAAAGUACACAUCGGCCAACAUUAUCCUCUGGGGCGUCGUCCUGAUCUGCCACGUUUUCGCUUUCAAUUACGCCGGUCUCCUCUCGGUCCGCUUCUUUCUCGGUGCCCUCGAAGCCACCGUGACGCCCGCAUUCGUCAUCCUGACUUCCGCCUGGUACAAACAGAACGAGCAGGCUAAACGAAUGGGCUACUGGCUCAGCUGUAACGGUGUCGCUCUUCUGACAAUCGGCCCUAUUGCCUAUGGCCUUUCUGGUGCACACAAUACUGUUCUGGCAACUUGGAAAGUAUUGUAUCUCGUUCUAGGCUUACCCACUGUCAUUACUGGUGUCUACUGCUGGUGGUUCAUGCCUGAUAACCAGACCAACGCCAAGUUUCUCAACCACCGGGAGAAGUCCAUCGCUAUUGAGCGUAUCCGCGGCAAUUUCCAGGGAAUCGGAAGCCGCCAGUGGAAGUGGGACCAGUUCUUCGAGGCCUUCAAAGACCCUCGCACAUAUCUCUAUGUACUCUUCUCCCUGCUGAUGAAUAUUCCCAACGGUGGCAUCACUGCCUUCGGCUCUAUCAUUAUCAACUCUUUCGGCUUCAACUCUCGUCUGUCACUGCUUCUCAACAUGCCUACGGGGGUGGUGGACAUCACCUGUAAGCUUCUCUUCACAUACCUCUCGGACAAGUUUAUGGACCGCUCUCUUUUUGCCUUCAUUGCAAUCCUCAUCCCGAUGAUUGGCGGCAUCAUGAUGAUCGUCAUCCCUCUUUCCGCACAAGCUGCUUUGCUUGUGGGUUACUACCUUAUCGGCGCCGCGGGUGCCUCGUGGUGUCUUGUCAUGGUCAUGAUCUCAAACAACACCCUCGGAUACACGAAGAAGGCUACUGUCAAUGGUCUUCAGAUCCUUGCCUAUGGUGCCGGUAACUGGAUUGGACCGCAGACAUUCCGCUCGAAUGAGGCGCCAAACUACCACAACGGCAAGCUCAUGGUAGCCAUCAUGUACGGACUUGCUGGCUGUACUAUAGUUGCCAUCAGAGUUGUCAACAUUUGGGAGAACAAGCGUCGGGAUAAGAAGGCGGCCGAGGAGCCUGAGGUUGUUACGGCUGGAACUGAGUUCUUAGAUUUGACAGACUUUGAGCAGCCUAACUUCCGUUACGUGCUUUGA